AUGAGUGUCUCCAAGAAACCGAGUUACUAUGAGUUCCUGAGCUCGGGCACCGUCUCACUAUGCACACGAAGCUCGACGCGUUCGUUCCAGAUCCACCGAGCCCUUCUGGACUCCAAAUGCAAGGUCAUGCGCAAGGCCCUCAACUCAGGGUUCUCCGAAGCUCGCGAGAACAAAUACACCUGCGAAGACACAGCCGAUGGGACCCUCGCGCGAUUCGUCGAAUGGGCCUACCGUGGCGACUACGUGGAUCCGCUGAAACCACCUGCCGUGGGACAAAUGAGACUGCCACCUCCCCUUGGACCGAUGAAAGCAGACACCGGGUCCGGAGUCCCCAGCACCAACGACGACGAGCCCGCAGGGGAAGAAGUAGACGGGGCAAAGCUCACGGCUUACAAUUACCUGCUGGUCACCCACGUCCGGGUCUACAUCUUCGCCCAGGUCUACUUGAUUGAUGAGCUGCGGUAUCUGGCGUAUUGUAAACUCACGGGUUGCUUGAUUGAGAUGCACAUACCGGUUGAUUCGAACCAGCAGCUUGCGGUUAUCAAUAUGCUGCAUCUGGCGUUCGGCAAGAUCCCGGCGAACGAUGAGCUGCUCAGCUGGCUGGCGCAGUAUGCAUCUUACUAUGUGGAGCAGCUGCGUCAACAUCCUUGUUUCGACUUGCUCCUGCGCACAUGUCCCGCUUUAGGCGCUUCGAUGAUGAACUCGCUGCAGCCGAGUCUCCAGCCCCCCUGGCAGAGUGGCAAGCAGACAGAGUCGAUCCUGCCCUGUCAGCCGGCCAAUAAACUUCUGCUUCUGUCACUCGUCGAUAACCCCCCCGAUUGA